AUGAUAGACGACUGCCUGCAGAAGAAUCCUACACAUCGAUCCGAGAUCUUGACAGAUACAUUAGGCGACUUAUAUGUCAAGGAAAAUUUCGCAUUUCGUCCUGAAAUAGUCGAAACUUAUCUUGCUCUUCCUAUACCAAUUCUCAAGGCCGAUUUCCUCCGCUAUCUCCUUCUGUACUCAGAAGGUGGGAUAUGGAACGACCUCGACGUAUCCUGUGAAGAUACACCCAUAAAGGACUGGGUUCCCAAAGAUCUCGAGGACAAGGCCAAUGUUGUUGUCGGAUGGGAAUUUGACGCCGGUUGGGGUGAAGGCAUUGUUCGCCAAUUUGCGACUUGGACUAUCAUGGCGAAGCCGAGAUCACGGCAUAUGUUGGUGGUGAUCGACGACAUACUUGACGCAAUUUACAGAUUUACGGAAGAGCACAAUGUUGCCAUUCCCGACUUGACUACAGCUAUCCUUCCAGAUGUGGUGGACUUUACCGGCCCAAGACGGUUCACCCGUGGGGUGUUUCGGAGUUUGGAAUCAACUCUCCAAGAAAGCGUCGACAUGAAGAGCAUUUCGAAUAUACUGGAGCCAGUAUUGGUUGGCGACGUUCUGAUCCUACCUGGAUAUUCAUUUGCACGAUCAGUGAAUACUUACCAUACCAAUGACACUGGCCCAGCAUUGGUGACACAUCAUUAUGCUGGCUCUUGGAAAAAUACCCACGGUGGUGAGACAUGA